AUGGAGGACCUGUCUUCCCCCAUCAGCAUCACUUCGUCUACCCCAACUGCUCCAACUUCGGCUUCAAAAGUCACUUACACCACUGCUGGCACCCCGUACAAUCCUAGCACUUCUCAGCCACUGCAACCGCCUGCCCGACGCGGUCGCUCUCUCAAGUGGCCUGCUGGUCUCCCUGCAGCUGGGUUAUCUCUGCUUCCCAAAUCUGUUCUUGCAACUCUGCCCCUCAAAGCUGGAUCACGGUCCUCGACUCUUCAGCAUUUCAGCCCUCAGACGCCCUACGACAGAGCAUCCAGCCCCUUGAACGAUACAGACCACAGAUGUAUCAACAUGUCCGCUCAAGUACCCCGAAUCGUGCCUUCUGCGACUCCGUCGCCGCUUACGUCCCUUUUCUCCGAAGCUGAACAAGACACGCUUACCGACGUUGAAGCAAGUGAGGAAAGCGACGAAGACUGCGAACUUGGCAUGGACCCGUUAAUAAAUAUGACAGUAAAGUCUCUUCACAAUCUGGCGUCUUACCCAAACCCCAAUCAGAAGCGAGCUCAGAAAGCCCUUCUUCGGGGGCUCAAACCAGCCCUGGGCCUGAAGACGACAACCCGUGUUGAUGAGCCUUUGGCUCCCAUGACUCAUUCCUUUGGACUCCAAGAUGCGUCCAACAACAACAACAACAACGCCCUGCCAAGUGUGUUACAGCCACCACAGUUAGAGAAACCUACACUUGGGAGAUCUUUCGAUGACGCAUUCUGGAAUUCCCAAGCCAAUAAGUCGCCUGGCAUUCUCCUUGGCUCAUCCCGGAGCUUCAAUCGUGCAGUCGGCAGCAAUACCGCGCGUGCUCCUGGUAUCAUGGCUCCUGGCACCGGUGCUCCACGGCCUUUGACUGCCGGCCCCCCUGGUCAACGCCAAUAUCGACCAUCGACCUUCGAGUCAACUUUCAAAGCACUCCACACAAACGUCCCAAGCCAGGAUGUCAAGCAGGAUGAAGAUGAGGACGUUCUUAUCAUUACUCGGCAGACUCUACGACAAGCAGGUAUCAGUAACAGCAGCCUAGCACAGACUACACUGUCGUUUGAAGCAACUGCUUCACAAGUUUCACAAAUCGUAGAGGGGUUGGAGGGAUUGUCUGCCAAUUGCAAAAUCACCCGACCAAGUGCACCCACAACCGCCGCGACGCAAGGGUUCCAGUAUUUUGCGAAAGGAGCGCCAUCCUGGGGCUUAGAUACUGCUACAACAUCAGCAUGCUGGACAUCAUCGCCCGAGCUCAGCCAGUCUCGAUACACAUCGGGACCCAGAUUCAGAGCACCAAAGGAACUUCAAGCCUACAACAAUAAGAUCAAUCACGCCUGGUACUACGGAGCCGAUUUCCUAGUAGCUACACCAAGCGAGAUUGCUUUGCAGGUUCAGCCUCCCAAGGGGAAAGGGCAGUUUGGUGCAAUUGGGGAUGGCCGUCCAUCAAAGAAAGGUGAAUUCCAUCGCCGCAUGGAGAUUGAAGACGCCAAUCGCAUGUCAGUGGCCGACCAUGCUCGCCCAUUGUUCAACAUGGCACAUGCAAAUGUGCAACAAUUCAUUGAAAGCGAGUGGAACAAGAGCCAGGGACGUGCUACGGUACUACAGGCAACCAAGUAGAGGCUGUUAGUCAGGAAGGAGGUGAUUGGCGAUGGGAAGGAAAUAUUUCUCAUACGAUGCCCCAUACACGAUAGCAUGGAAUAGUUUAUGAGGAAAAGUAUGUGGAUUAUGACCGCCUUGCGUGACUGUUGCAUGGCAGGAAGGUUGGAUGCUUUUUGGGAUGGGCUCUGACGGAGGCCAGUCACCAUGUGAGCGGCGAUGUUAUACUUACGCGAGAACAACGGCCAAGCAAAUGUAUUUCGGCCGAUCCACGACGUUGGCAUUAUGGAAAGAACGGGUAACUUAGUAGUCCAUAGCCGGCAUGCAAAAACGGAAUAUGAUGAACAAUUAUCAUACUUGGAACGGAAA